AUGACCCUUUGGGACGACUUUGUUAAGGCUGUCCAAAACAUCCCGGUAGCGGGCUCAGUGAUCUCGACCCCUAUCCGCUGCUUUAUUUCGGUGCACGCUGACUACGCCUGCCCCGUUGGCCACCGAAAUUGCAACUCCGUGGUGGGCGGGGACGCCUUCUUGCAAAGAUACCGGUGUAACGAGCCCGGCUGUGGCCGAGUCUUCUUCUACGGCGACAUUGCCAUCAAUGGCCAUUAUUCUGGCAAUCCUUGA